GUAGUGGGGCCGCAGCGAGGCGUCGCCAGCCGGAGCUUGGCACGGAGGACCCAGACGAGCGACCGCCGGCGCCCCGGGCCACCCCCACCAUGUCCAAGAAGGGCGCGGGCAGCCGGGGCCGGGGGGACAGGGCGGAGGCCCUGGCCGCUCUGCAGUCCGCCAACGAGGAGCUGCGGGCCAAGCUCACGGACAUCCAGAUCGAGCUGCAGCAGGAGAAGAGCAAGGUGAGCCGGGUGGAGCGCGAGAAGACGCAGGAGCUGCGGCAGGCCCGCGAGCACGAGCAGCACAGGAGCGCCGUCCUGCUCACCGAGCUCAAGAGCAAGCUGCACGAGGAGAAGCUGAAGGAGCUGCAGGCCGUGCGCGAGGCGCUGCUGCGGCAGCACGAGGCCGAGCUGCUGCGCGUCAUCAGGAUCAAGGACAACGAGAACCAGCGGCUGCAGGCCCUGCUGCACGCGCUGCGGGACGGCGCCCCCGACAAGGUCAAGACGGCGCUGCUGUGCGAGGCCAAGGAGGAGGCCAAGCGGGGCUUCGAGGUGGAGAGGGUCAAGAUGCAGCAGGAGAUCUCGGAGCUCAAGGGGGCCAAGAAGCAGGUGGAGGAGGCGCUGACCAUGGUCAUCCAGGCCGACAAGGUCAAGGCCGCGGAGAUCAGGAGCGUGUACCACCUGCACCAGGAGGAGAUCGCCCGCAUCAAGAGGGAGUGCGAGCGGGAGAUCCGCAGGCUGAUGGAGGAGAUAAAGGUUAAAGACAGAGCAGUCUUCGUGCUGGAGAGAGAGUUAGGGGUGCAAGCCGGGCAUGCUCAGAGACUGCAGCUCCAGAAAGAGGCUUUAGAUGAGCAGCUGUCCCAGGUCAGAGAGGCUGACCGGCACCCGGGCAGCCCCAGACGGGAACUUCCUUAUGCAAGCGGUGCAGGAGACGCCUCAGACCGCCCGGGAAGCCCUGUAAGCACCUCCCCGCGCUUCGCCGGCCACCAGGGUCACAGACAGACAGCGCCACACAAGGAGCAGCAGCUGGACGAGAAGGACGCGCGGCGCUUCCAGCUGAAGAUCGCGGAGCUGAGCGCCAUCAUCCGCAAGCUGGAGGACCGCAACGCCCUGCUGUCGGAGGAGAGGAACGAGCUGCUGAAGCGCGUGCGGGAAGCCGAGAGCCAGUGCCGGCCGCUGCUGGACAAGAACAAGCGCCUGGCCCGCAAGAACGAGGCCCUGUCCCACUCGCUGCGGCGGCUGGAGAGCAAGCUGAAGCUCGUCACGCAGGAGAACGUGGAGAUGCGGCAGCGGGCGGGCGCCAUGCGCAGACCCAGCUCCUUGAACGACCUGGACCAGAGCCAGGAGGAGCACGAGGUGGGCUUCCUGAAGCUGCAGAUCCUGGAGCAGCAGACCCUCAUCGACGAGCUGUCCAAGACCCUGGAGACCGCCGGCUACGUCAAGAGCGUGCUAGAGCGAGACAAGCUUCUGAGGUUCCGGAAACAGAGGAGGAAGAUGGCGAAGGUCCCCAAGCCGGUGGUGGUGGAGACCUUCUUUGGCUACGACGACGAGGCCUCCCUGGAGUCCGACGGCUCGUCCAUCUCGUAUCAAACGGACAGGACGGACCACACCCCGUGCACCCCGGACGACGACCUGGAGGAGGGCAUGGUCAAGGAGGAGACGGAGCUGAGGUUCCGGCAGCUGACCAUGGAGUACCAGGCGCUGCAGCGCGCCUACGCCUUGCUGCAGGAGCAGGUCGGAGGGACGCUGGACGCAGAGCGAGAAGUUAAGACCCGCGAGCAGCUGGAAGCAGAGGUGCAGCGGGCGCAGACGCGGAUCGAAGACCUGGAGAAGACACUGGCCGAGCAGGGGCAGGACAUGAAGUGGAUCGAGGAGAAGCAGGCGCUGUACCGGAGAAACCAGGAGCUGGUCGGCAAGAUCAAACAAAUGGAGACAGACGAGGCUCGGCUAAGGCACGAGGUCCAGGACGCCAAGGACCAAAAUGAGCUGCUGGAAUUCCGGAUCCUGGAGCUCGAGGAGCGGGAGAGGAAGUCGCCGGCCAUCAGCUUCCACCACACGCCCUUUCCCGACGGCAAGAGCCCCCUCCAGGCCUACUGCGAGGCGGAAGGCGCCACGGACAUCGUGGUGGCCGAGCUGAUGAAGAAGCUGGACAUCCUGGGAGAUAACGCCGUAAGUAACCUGAGCAACGAGGAGCAGGUGGUCAUCAUACAGGCCCGGACGGUGCUGACCUUGGCUGAGAAGUGGCUGCAGCAGAUCGAGGCGACGGAGGCGGCCCUGCAGCGGCAGAUGGCCGACCUGGAGAGCGAGAAGGAGCUGUUCAGCCAGCAGAAGGGCUACCUGGACGAGGAACUGGACUUCAGGAAACACUCCCUGGACCAGGCGCACAAGCGCAUCCUGGAGCUGGAAGCCAUGCUGUACGACGCGCUGCAGCAGGAGGUGGGGGCCAAGGUGGCGCAGCUGCUGUCGGAGGAGGAGCGUGAGCAGCUCAGGGGGGCCGUGGAGCAGUGGAAGCGCCAGGUCCUGAGCGAGCUGCGCGAGCGCGACACGCAGAUUCUGCGGGAGCGCAUGGAGAUGCUGCAGGGGGCGCAGCAGAGAAUCAAAGAGUUAGAAGAAAAGCUAGAAGCCCAGAGGAGACAAAUAAAGGAACUGGAAGAAAAGCCCCCAGAGGAGCCAGACCCUCCUCCUGCGACGGGGCCAGAGAGCAGCGGGCGCCCGGGCUGCGGAAGGAGACGCCUCGUCCCGUCCCUUCAGCCCCAAGAUGCCUGGUGUCCGCAGGCCCCCCCGCUGGGGAGGAGGCAGAGGGGCUGCUGAGGGCUCUGAGCACGGGAUCCCCGCAAGGAGCCAGAGCAGAGCUAGUUGUGCUGACCGGGUCCAGGCUGCUAGACCUGGGCACCUCCCGGGGGCGCAAGGGCCCCGCAGAGCAGACGCCAUGGCCCUCCGCGCGAGCCGCUGAGCCCAUCUUCGGCGUUCCGGGAGGACAGUCCACGCAGCCCCACAGUGGUCGCGCAACAGCUGGGGCGCAGGGCCAUUGCCAGCAGGGGCCGGUCACAGGA